CUCGUCACCCCACUCCCACCCGGAAGAAGGCAACGUUCAACUGCUCAUAAUAAUAUUUGUGACUCAUUUCCGUUUUUUGAAUUGUCAAUAUUUGAUUUGAUCCUAGGUUUUUCAAUCCACUUUACUUAAAACUUUAACAAGAACUAUGAGACCGGUAAUUGAUUUUGGAGAGUGCGUGAGGGACUCGCCCAGGUUUCGUUCAGAAUUAGAAGAUCAACUUCACAAAGUAGAUAAUCUGGAUACAAAACUGGAUAAGCUGCUCAAAACGUCUAAUCACAUGAUCGACGUUGGUAAAACACACCUCAAUUCUCAGCAUACUUUCAUCAACGCCAUGUCGGAUGUGAGCUCUCACUUUCGCCAAGAUCCACCCGUCUACUCUGCUUUUAACAAAUGUUGCAAUGGGCUCAUAGAAUUGGCCAAAUUCCACUCAACCCUAAUCGACCAGGUUCACAGGGCUAUAUGUCGUAACAUGGCAGACUUUCUCAAAAAGGAGGUACGCUCCUGCAAGGACAUGAAGUCAUAUUUGGAAAAGUUGCAACAAGACUACGACACCGCACUCCAGCGAAAUUCGUCGUUGGCGAAAGGGAAAAGUACUGUUGAAUCUGAAGAGACUCUGAACGCAGUCUCAGUGGCUCGAGUCAACUACCGGUCAGCUGCCGUAGACACCGUUUAUACAAUCACACUGCUCCAACAAAGAAAGCGAUUUGAAAUACUCGAUGAUAUAUUGUCUGUGAUGCAAGCCCAGAAAACCUACUUUCAUCAGGGGUCUGAUUUUUUCAAAGAUGCAGACCCGUUUCUAAAAAGCCUCAGCACAGAAUUGUCAAAUAUGCGCUCAACCCUGGGCAGAGAGGCAGAAACGAUGCUGGCAAACCGUGACACUCUUAUUCACGCGACGCCUGAUUAUGUCACGUCCCAAAUGCCUGGAGCAAGGUCGGAUGUGCUCAUGCAAGGUUACCUUUACAAACGUGGGUCGGCAAAAACAUUUAAAUCCUGGAAAAGGCGAUGGUUUGAACUGUUGGACAAAGGUCAACUCGUGUACAGGAAACGAGUGGACGAACUCCCCACAGUCAUGGAGGACGAUUUACGCAUAUGUCUAGUCAGACCAAUGGCAGAAUGUGAUCGCAGAUUUUGCUUUGAACUCAUAUCUCCAAACAAAAUUCACAUUUUGCAAGCAGAUCGUGAAGAAAUUUUCAACGCCUGGGUUCAGGCACUCCAAUCCGCUAUUAGUUUUGCAAUUCACAAAGAGAAGGAUGACAAUCAAUCCCCUCCAUCUUCGCUCAGCGGUGCGGGAGUAAAGGAACAGCCUAAAAUGCCUUCAGAAAAAGCAAGAAUUUUGGAAAGGAUUAUGCAAGUCCGUGGAAAUACUGCAUGCUGUGACUGUGGUGCGACUAGUCCUGAAUGGGCCAGUGUCAAUUUGGGAAUAACACUUUGCAUUGAAUGCUCCGGGAUUCAUCGCAGUCUUGGCGUGCAUCACUCCAAAGUGAAGUCUCUGAUUUUGGACACUUGGGACCAGGGCCUGCUGAAAGUAAUGUGUGAGCUCGGCAAUGACAUUGUCAAUCGAAUCUAUCUCGCCAAAGUGGAUGUGAUGGACGGUCUGGGGCUUGAGAAGGCUUGUCCGGAUUCUCCUCGUGACGUUCGGGAGACAUGGAUUCGAGCAAAAUAUGUGGACCGUGCAUUUGUGGCCCAUCCAAAAAUUAGUAUGGGAUCUGGUUGGAGAGUACGGAAACCGAGAAGGAGGAGAACAAAGGAGAUAAACAGUGGGAGUGAAGAAACUAGUUUAAAACAGAACCGAGAAACCCCCUCGACUUCUGCCCUGAGCAUUCCUGACGUAGCAGUAGAACUACCACCACCAGAUUCUAACAUCAAUCUCAAAGUGAGCGAUGAAACGACGUCCGAGACGGACUCGUUCCAGUCGGUGUAUUCCACCCGAGGAGAGGCGAGUGGUGGGAGUGACCAAGACCAGGAAGCCGUCCUCGUGUUCGGCUCCGACCUUCCUCCCAGUCAUACGGACAUUGUUCGAAGCAUUCGACCUGACGAGGAUGACGUGGCUGGAGGAUCCGGUGAGGAGGAAGAGCAACCAAUCUCCAAUUUGGUGCACCAAGAUUUGGAGGUGCUAGAUGCUAACAUGCUUCUCUUCAAGGCUGCAAGAGUGGGAAAUGUGGGGGUGAUGCUGGAGUCUCUGGCGCUGGGUGCGGACAAAAACUGGGUCAACUACAAUGAGGGAGCCUCCACUCCCCUGCACCAAGCUGUUCUUGGGGGGUCCGUGACUGCUUGCGAGUUUCUAAUUCUCAAUGGUUCUCGAGUGAAUGCUGUCGACUCAUUAAAAAGAACCCCAAUUUGGCUUGCAACGGAAAAAGGUCACACGGGACAAAUAUGUCUAUUUCUCCGUAACCGGGCGGACUACCAACUAUCUGACAGCGAAGGGAAAACUCCACUGGAUAUGGCGAUAAAGAGCGAGCACGCCGACAUUGUGACCCUUCUCCGACUUGCUCAUAUGGACGAAGAAAUGCGGACGGGGGAAACAAGCCAAACCGAUGACACGUUUCAGGAGAUUGUGCGAGACAUUGCACAGAGAGCUCAUCUGGGGCAAGAAUCCUCCAGCACGACACAGAUGGAUUUUGGUUCUCUCGACACAACCACCACCGCCGGCCAAGACUGACCAUCACAUGAAUUUCUCAUUCUUUUGAUUAAGGAUCAUGUUAUAAUUAAAUAGUAGGACACUCGUGAAAUUGAAAUUAUGGUGAUAUUAAACUUCAGCCUUGUAAGCUAAGCUUUUGUUUUAAGAUAGCCUGUAACCUGACUUUAACGACACAAGUAGACAUUAUUAAUACGUAACAUAUAAGUAAGCAAGAAAUUUGCAAAAGUUCCUUGUACCUCGUCGCUUGCCAAAAUCUUUUCUAUCUGCAUAAACUGUGUCCCUUACAAUUUAUAAAGACAAAUCCAACCUUGUAAUCAAGAUAUACGUACUAAAAGUUGUACCGAACGUAUUUCAUUUGUAACGAGAACCAUGUUGUUGAGGGAUUAUUUCAAUUCGGUCGUUUUUUUACAAUUUUAGGGGUUACAUUACAGUCUGUAACUUACGGGAUUGUUGUACUUAAUGACAGCAGUAGAAGGAUUUUCCUAAAACCGAUCAAACUAACCAUGAGUACAUCACUAAUUACGAAUCUUUCCACGUCUAAUAAAUUUCAAUAAAAUGACACAAAAUAUUAUAUGAUA